UCAAACUGAGAGAGUGGAACAGAAAGGUAGCGAGAGAGAUAGGGAGAGGUACCACAGAGUCCCAGAGAGAGGGACAGGGGGAGUAAUAUAUAUAGCAAGAAUACCAGAGUGUCACAGACAGAGACAGAAAUUGAUUGUGAGAGAGAGAGAGAGAGAGAGAGAGAAAGAGAGAGAGGUAGAGACAGAGAGGGGGAAGUACUUUCACAAGAAUACCAGUGUCACAGACACAGAGAUGGAUAGAUAGAUAGAGAGGGAGAGAGUACUAUAGCAAGAACACCAUAGUGUCAGAGAUCAAGUGUGCCAGAAAGAGACAAGGUGCGACAGAGAGAGAGAGAGAGAGAGAGAGAGAGAGAGAGAGAGAGGGAGAGGGAGAGAGAGAGAGAGAGAAACCCACAGAGGGAGAGUGGGAGAUUUCCAGAGAGAGAGUGUAGGAGAGGGGUCUGCUCCCUCGCUGUACCACGGACGGGGUCACUGCUGGAUGCUGAGAGGAAGCUGCCUGAACCCAACAACAUGCAGCCGCUCACCUGUUCUCUGUCCGUCUCUGCCCUGCUGCUACUCACUUCCCCCUCCAGCUGCAGCUCCACAAGACCGACCUACAUCAUCACGGCACCGAGGAAGCUGUUGACCAGACUCAAUAUGACCUUCAGCGUCAGCCUGCUGGAGGGAAGCCAGAGCCCCUUGAGAAUAACAGCGCACUUCGGCAAGGACGGGAGGAACCUGAGCAGUGCUGAAGGCACUUUCCACCCAGGUACUAUCGGAAGAUUGAUCCUUCCCACAGAAGGUUUGCCGGAAAGCCGCUAUGAUUUGGUAGUGGAGGGCCAUGGGGACCAGAAGUUACUGUUUUCCAACAGCACCUCCGUGGAGAUUAUUCCGGAGAGAGUCUCCGCAUUGAUUCAGACGGACAAGGCAAUGUACAAACCGGGACAGGCUGUGAAAAUUCGAGCCAUUUGCAUCUACACUGAUCUGAAGCCAUACCUGGGCAAAAUAAAUCUCAUCAUCUGUAGCCCACAAGGAUCAGUGAUCCAGCAGUGGUUGGAUUUAGACACUACGUUAGGUGUCGUCUCCAAGGAAUUUUUAUUGUCUGCCAACUCUCCACAAGGCAACUGGGAGAUACAAGUCACAUUUAACGAGGUAAAGCAGAGGAAGACAUUCACUGUGGCUGAGUAUGUGUUAUCUCGAUUUGAAGUUUUGAUCAACACAUCCUCUGUGUAUUUUCCACUCGAUCGCUCGGAUAUAAAUGGGACUAUUACUGGACGAUACCUCUAUGGGAAGCCUAUAAAAGGAAAUGUGACAGUCACCCUAUCCUUACCGUUCUUCUCUGAGACACUAAGCAAAACGUUUGAGAUAAAUGGAACAGCUGAUUUUGCCUUCCUUUUCUCUGAACUACACCAGUUCAUUCUCGGGAUCUUUAGACCGUUUCUGGACUUUGAUGAUACAUUCUUAACAAAUCAGACGGUGAAUGGAUACGCUUUGGAAAAUUCCCUCUCACUGAUCAAGUAUCAGGUGCACCAGGUGACAAUAAAAGCAGCAGUGACCGAGUCUCACACAGGUGUAGCACAGUAUGCAGCAACAAACAUCACCAUCUCGUUCAGAAAAUACAAGCUGGAGAUCGUUGACUUUCAGAAGAUCUUAAGGCCACCUCAGAACUACACGGCCCACGUCCGGGUGACGCGCUCUGAUCACCAAAAGCUCUCACCACACGACAGGCAGAACCGCUUGAUUGUUGAAAUCAUCCAGAGCUUCCCAGAAAAGAAUGCAGUGUGGGUGAGAUCCUCACAGACACUCAACGUCACUGUUCCAGAGAGUGGGCUGGUUCAGAUUCAGUUUCCAUUGCUACCAAGUACCGUCCAGUUAUGGAUAACGGUGACAUUUGAGGGUGCAUCGAUGGCAUUUGAGGUGGGAGACACACAAAAAUCUUCCAGCACACCCUCCAUCUAUCUCCACGUUCAGAGCCCUGUUGUCAAGGUGGGAUCACCAUUUGAAUUUACCAUUGAGAGUUCUGAGUUAUCGACCGAAUUUACCUACCAGGUGACUUCAAAAGGUCAAGUGGUAACUAUCGGCAAAAGUAACCUGACCACAAUCCAGUUAACUCCGGACAUUUCUUGGGCACCAUUGGCUCGCCUCAUUGUCUAUUACAUCGUAGAUGGUCUGGUGAUCGGUGAUACCUUGGAUCUGAACGUGGAGGGUAUCUUUGCAAAUAAGGUUUCAGUAUCCUGGAAUAAGAAGCAGACCAAGCCAGCUGAAAAUGUCUCUCUCAGUGUGUCCACCACUGAGGUCAGCUCCUUUAUCGGGCUCUUGGUAGUGGACAAGAGUUCCCAGCUUCUCAAAGGAGGGAACGACAUCUCCGAGGAAUUGGUUGUUCAGGCAUUGGAAACUGCUGUUAGAGACUAUUUUGGAGGGAGCCACGAAGACAAUGUAUUUCAGAAAAGCGGUCUAAUGGUGUUAACAGAUGCUUAUUUUCCACCCCCUAUGCCGAUGUAUACAAUUGCAUUUGAUGCCAAUGUUGAGUUUAAGGUCAUGAGCCAAGCUGCUGAACCAGAAGGACCAGAAGAUCAGAGCGUCAGGACAUAUUUUCCAGAGACUUGGAUAUGGUUGGACCUGUUCACUGGUCUGAACUCGGAGAUCGGCAUCCAGAGGACUGUCCCCGAUUCCCUCACCACCUGGACCGCCAAUGCUUUUGCAAUCUCCAAAAGCCAAGGCCUUCAGCUGGCUACUGUACCUGCUCAACUGGAGGUCUUCAAGUCUUUCUUUCUGGAAUUAAACCUCCCAUACUCUGUGACCAGAGGGGAGCAACUAAUCCUCGAAGUGAACAUCUUCAAUUACCUGGAACGGACACUGGAGGUUCAAGUGGCGGUGGAGCUGGGCAACUCCUUUGACUUCACUGCUGUGCCGAGUGAGGACGUGGUACCAAACAGCCAGAGCGGCUCCGUGAAGAGUCAGGAGGCCCGUCUGUUUUACUUCCCUGUCACUCCAAAGGCUCUCGGCAAGGUUCCUGUCACAGUGAAAGCCACAACUGCAGUUGCACUUGAUGCUGUCACCAAGCACAUUCUGGUUAAGGCUGAAGGGAUACAGCAGUCAUUCUCCAAGGCACUCCUCCUGGCCCCUGACGAGCAGCCCUGGACUGAGACGGUGCAAUUCACCUUCCCAGAGAACGUGGUGGAGGGCAGCCAGAGGGCUCACGUCACCGUGAUUGGUGACAUCCUUGGACCUUCCAUUAAUGGCUUGGAAGACCUGCUUCAGAUGCCUUAUGGCUGUGGUGAACAAAACAUGAUCAGAUUUGCUCCAAACAUCUACAUCUUGCAGUACUUGACGGCUGUAAACCAAGUGACAGAGGAGAUGGAGAUGAAAGCCUUGUCCUACAUGAUCCAGGGUUACCAAAGGGAGUUAACAUACCAGCGGACCGACGGCUCUUUCAGCGCAUUUGGAAACUCUGAUUCUUCUGGAAGUACUUGGUUGUCGGCCUUUGUACUGAGGUGCUUCUUACAGGCGCAGGAAUUUAUUUACAUCGAUUCGAUGGUGUUGGACAGGGUCACAUCCUGGAUAAUAAAAUGCCAGAAUAAAAGUGGGGAGUUCUUGGAGCUAGGCCAAGUGAUUCAUACUGAGCUACAGGGUGGACAGAGUGGGCCUGUUACUCUCACCGCCUACGUACUGACCGCCCUCUUGGAGAGUCCGAAAUACAAGGAGAACGUUUUAGAUCAGGUAUCAGGUGCUGUAUCAUAUCUCGAAGGCAAGUUACGCGAUGGGAUCAGUAGUAACUACACCCUGAGCCUCACAGCCUACGCACUGACCUUGGCCGAGAGUGAGUUGGCAACAGAAGCACUCAAUGAGUUAAACCGAAGGGCAGACCAACAGGUUGGUGUGAAGUUCUGGUCGUCUCCCAUGAACAGACCUUCCCUGUGGUGGGGGCAGAAGGCCCUCUCCUCCGACAUUGAAGUGGCUGCCUACGCCCUAUUGUCCCACUUGAGGCAGGGCAGGCUCACGGAGGGUGUCCCCAUCAUGCAGUGGCUCAGUCAAUGCAGGAACCACCUCGGAGGCUUCUCCUCCACCCAGGACACAGUGGUGGCACUCCAGGCACUGUCCCAGUUUGCAGCUCAGAACAUCGCUCCUACGACGGACCUAGAGGUGUCGGUCAGUGGACCCGGGCUCCCUGUCCCGGCAACCUUCACCGUCUCCUCCACGAACAUGUUUGUCCUACAGACAAUGCAGAUUGAGAUUGAUCAACCUCUGCUGGUGACAGUAACAGCAAAGGGUCAAGGCUUGGCCAUUUUCCAGCUUAAUCUUCUUUUCAAUCUGGAAAGUAAAGUUGCCUCAAAGGCAGAGCGAUCCCUUGAGUCAGAGGAGGCAUUUGAUUUGGACGUUGAUGUUUCAGACAACAAGUUUGACCUCAAUCAUGUGACUCUGACCAUCUGUACCAGGUUUCGAGGUGAGGGAAAUAGCUCGAGCACGGGAAUGGUCCUGAUGGAAGUUGGGAUGCUCAGCGGUUUUGUCCCAGAAAUCGAUGGCAUUCAAACCAACGACCUCAUCAAGAAAGUGGAAUUUGAAGAUGGGGCAGUUAGUCUGUAUUUUGAUUCAUUAAAUGAGACAAAAGUCUGUGUGACCAUCCCAGUUAUAAGAGAUUCCAAAGUAGCGAAUGCCCAGGAUGCUGUGGUGAGCAUCUUUGAGUAUUAUGAGCCAGGAAGAAGAGCGGUCAGGACGUACAACUCGAAGGUGAUGUCCAGCACCGAUUUCUGCAACUUUUGCAGCUCUGAUUGUAGCCUGUGUCGCUCCAGCUACCGCCCCCUGACAGUCGGCGUUGCUGCGAUGCCAACUCAAGGAGGCCAAGUUGCACUCUUGCUGUGCCUCAUUAGCAUUUAUCUCAGCUUGACUUAAUUACAUGCUCCACGUCAACUGUAGAGCUUCUUGGUCCUGGGGAAAUAAUUGUUGUUUUGUUUGAAGGGGGUGGGAGAUGUGUUUUUAUGCCAAAACAUAUUUGAAUCAGGCUUAGUAACUAUUGUAUCCUUACUGAUGCUUUUUAAAAAAAACCCUUGCUCAUAUUCUUUUUCAUGUCCACAUGUUGUCUGUUUGUGGAUAUAAAAGGGUAUUUUAUUUUCUGUAAAUGUUUCUGCUCCAACAUCCACACAAUAUUGUAGUCACAACUGGUUUUGUUUAAGCUCUUAAGAAGCUACCUGAGUUCCAGAUUUGAGAGGAAAUGAGAGUGUCCAAUGUCCUGAAUUUACAACCACUGGUUGA